AUGAGGGUCAGAAUUGCACUAGCAGAGAAAGGUCUCAAGUAUGAAUACAGGGAAGUGGACUUGAGCAACAAGAGCCCUCUACUUCUGAUCCAUAAUGGUAAACCCAUUUGCGAAUCCCUGAUAAUAGUUGAAUAUAUUGACGAGGUUUGGAAAGAUAGGUCUCCAUUGUUGCCCUCUGAUCCUUACCAGAGAGCUCAAGCCAGGUUCUGGGCUGAUUUCGUCAACAAAGAAAUAUAUGAAAAUGGAAGGAAGAUAUGGGCGACGAAAGGAACGGAACAGGAGGUUGCCAAGAAGGAAUUCAUACAAGACCUUAAGCUGUUGGAAGGAGUGCUUGGAGAUAAACCCUACUUUGGAGGUGAGACACUUGGGUUCCUAGACAUUGCGCUCGUCACAUUUUACAGCUGGUUUUUGGCAACUUCAGCAUAG